CACGUCCUGACGCUCUCCACGUCGCAGCUCGGUCCCUAAUGCUAAGUAGCUGCGUGUGCGUGUCUCCAGCUAGGCCAGAGAAUGAUGGCGGCGCCCGUCCUGAGAGUAUCCACCCCUCGAUGGGAAAGAAUAGCUAGGCUUCUCGUCUGCCUAUUAGGCAUCAUAUUGUCUUUAUAUGCUUUUCACGUUGAGAGGGAAAAGGCUCGGGACUCGAGUUAUCGGGCUAUGUGCGACGUCAGCAGCUCCAUCAGCUGUUCAAAAGUCUUCAGCUCAAGGUGGGGUCGAGGAUUUGGACUCUUGGGCUCAAUUUUUGGAAAUGACAGCGCACUGAACCAGCCAAACAGUGUCUACGGGAUUGUCUUUUACGCCUUUCAGCUCCUACUAGGAAUGACUGUCAGUGCAAUGGCUGCCCUUAUUCUCAUGACGACGUCCAUCUUAUCGGUGGUGGGUUCGCUCUACCUGGGCUACAUCCUCUACUUUGUCCUAAAGGACUUCUGCAUCAUCUGCAUCACCACAUAUGCGCUGAACUUCAUUCUCUUUAUCCUCAACUACAAGCGACUGGUUUACUUGAAUGAGGCCUGGAAACAGCAGCUCCAAGCCAAGCAGGACUAAGCUGUCAAGAAGGCAAGAAAAAAAUGACAAAAAAAAGAAAAGAAAUGUGACCUCUGAACAUUUGACUUGCCACCAGGAGACCUUGCUUCCAAACAAUGUUUAUUCUGCUGUGUGUUCAAAAACAAACAAAAACAAAAAAAACAAAAAAGAAACGAAGAAAUUUAACUUAAUGUUGGGCCUGACAUCUCAAUGUUGAUUGCAAACACGGAAGGAUUUGUCAGUGAAAGAAUUUUGUUUUCUUUUUCAUUUGUUUUUCAUUUUUUAACAUUGUACUCACUUCAGGAAUGGGCUGGCUAUGUGUGUGGGGAAGUACAUCAACCCAAGCAAGCAGAGGCAGAGGUCCACAAAAUAGAAGAUGGAGGACAGCCCUCUUGUGAACAAAAAGGAUCGGAAAAUGGAAGAAAAAUGGGACAUAAAAGGGGCUUACUUGAAAUGGUUAGAAAGGUCCUAUCACUGCACAGUGGAUCUACACUAAAACCUGAGCGGAACUGAAUAAUUGGUCCGAAAAGUAGUAAUACACCAUCAUUAGAUUAUAAUGCCAUAUGCAGGUAUGGUUCUAAGGGAGGGCGGGGGCAGAUGAUUAACAUUUAUAAAGAAUAGUGUUUUUUUUCUCCAUGUUUACACUUUAUAGCACAUUUGUUUUAAGAGGACCACUAAAAUUAAACAUGGGAGAAUGUGAGAAAUUGUGUUUAGAUCAGUCAGAUUAUUGUUUCUCUUUUGCAAUUCUGUAAAUAGCUGCUGAGCAAUAUUCCAGGCUAGAUUGUCAUUUAGUGUUGACAUAGACUUUUAAAGAAAAAACCACCAACAAAACAGGAAAAAAGUAGAAGUAAAUGUGGAAAAAAACAAGCGAUUGAGGUCACCGUUUAGGUGAAUAAGUCUGAAGAUGUGCUUGCGGUUUCUGUGAGACAUCUUAACUUCCUGCAGUCCUGGUCAGGCAUGCAGUUCAGAGUUGUGUGGACUUCUUUGUUGUAAGUGGUCACUGUUUCAUCUGCUCUCAGAAGCCAUCAACACAAGAAGUCUUUGAAACAGAACAAUAGGUUCAUAACACCCAAGUCUGUGUAACAACACCCUCACUGUCUUCUUUCUUUUUUUUUUUUGUUACUGUGUGAAAAGCAUUCCUGACCACCACACACAAGUGGGAUCCAUGAAGACUUAUGUGCCUAAAGGAGUGUGAGGAGAAUUACCUUUGUAUUUUUCGGGAAGGAUGUAAUGUCACCUUAACACCCUUUUUGCUUAUUGUGUUAUUGUUUCAGGUCCGAGGCUUUAUUUUUAUGAUCACAAUAUUGUAAACUAAAAUGCCAGUAAAGUGUUUUCUCCCUCACCAACAGAAUUUAAUGAAGUAGCACAGGCUGCUACACUGUGAUUGUCUGCUCAAGGGUUGAGUGGCCUGGUGGCAGUGUCUGUCUUGCAGUUGCAAAUGUUCUAGUUACAUUAAUGCUUGUCUGGCUCAUGUUCACUGUUUGGGCUGGUAUACAUUUGAUGUCAACUAAACGGUAAAGAUGGUCUUGCCAAGUCUAGUUGCAGUUCAUUCGUAGAGUUUGAACAAAAACUUGGAAAAUGUAAUUGUUGACAUUGACAUCAGAAGGUGUAAGGUUAUUUUAACAAGAAACCAAGACAAACUCUUAAGCCAUAUUUUGGUUGCUGAUGGUCAUGUAAGAUGUACCGUUGCAGACACUGAAGCAUUUCAUUAUGAAGCGGUUGAUCUCUAUUUAUUGAAAACCAGUUUUAGAAAGGAAGCAGGCAUGAACUUAAUCUAACUUAGUGAUAGAGAUGUGUAGACAGGCAACAGUAUGGGAAAGGAGACAGUAUUGUCCAAGAUGUGGAGUGGUUCCAGGUAGCUGGAUUUCCCAUUAUCAGCACGAGGGCACCUGGUAAGACCAUUGACUUUUUUCCACCCAGAAUCCAUUGUUUUUGUACAUGUUUGCAAAGUUUCCUACUUUUCAGAUGCAUGGUACAAUGUGUCCUGGCUUCACGUAUAUGUUGGCCAAUGGACAACUGUACACACAUACUGUUAUAGAUACUAUAACAGUAGUAGUAAUAAUAGUAGUAAUAAUCUGUGUGUUGUUCAGGUUUUCUAAAACUUGGUUCAUAGUUUCAAUACUACCACUGCUAGUCUUCACGUCCCUUGACCUGUGUACCCUGGAAUGCAGUUUCUCCUCGACAGAUUUUUUUUUCUGGGGGGAGGAUCUUGUUGAUGGCAACUGUUCAGUGAAUUUUAGUGACAUGUGCUUCUUGUGAUAACGUGUCAAGUCAUCAACUGUAUGAAAAUGGAGAUUGAGAUGGAUCGUGUUAUUUUCCAGGAUAAUGUUGAAUAUUGUCAGCUUUUGCCAUUCUAACAUACGUCUUGCAGUCCUGUAUGGUCUUUGACAGAAUGAACCAGGUAAAUAGUUGCAUUAUCAGUUCUCAGCAUGUCAUCGUUCAUUAAGUUCUCGCUCAAACAGCAUUGCCUUGUUGUGCUUGUAUCAGAUUUUUUUUUUUUUUUUGUUAAAGUCAGUCUCAGAAUGAGACUACCAAUUACACUGUUUUGUCCAUAUCUGGAAAAGCUUGCGCAGCCACAUCUAUCACAUCAGAGACAAGUCUCCCUGGGGUUCUCUUAAAAGGGGUCAAAUUUCUAUUUGCAAAAAUCUGACUUGACUUGCUCAUUUUUGGCAACAACUGUUGGUCCUUUGAGUAUCAACCAUAGAUGUUACUAGUGUAGGUAAUCUAAUGUGAAGUACAUGAUUCCUGUAAUUUGUGAGCCUAUUACACUAGUCACCCGUUCCUUCAAAAGAGAUGGGUCAGGAGGGAUAUUGAGUCAUUCAAGUUAAAACCACCAAGAAAUAUGCAGAAUGUGUUCCUUGGCUGGACAUGCGAUUGCAGCGUUUUUUGUUUUGUUUUGUUUUUCCAUGUCAAAAAGGUUAAAUUAAAAUCAUUACUGCUAUGAUUCGCAACCUGUCUUUAGUAUGACUGUACAGUCAAAUAUUGAAUUAGGCCCUGAGGUAUAUAACUGCCAUGUUUGUUGCAUCACCAAUGCCAUCAAAAGUGCCUUCUGUUUGAUCACUGGGCCUUGAGCCAAAGAAGAGCAACAGUAAAAGCCUUGUAAAAUGAAGAAUGAUAACAGUAAUGGGCAUCCCUGCUUGCCUUCCUUAAGAUGUAGUCUGAUAAUUGGUAAUUCCCAAAGAUUUGCAAUCCAGAUUCAGUGCAAAAAUCCAUUUAGAUAUACCAGACAAAAUGCCCUGUCAAAUCAAUGGCCGUUCCCUUUUUUUUCUCUCCCUUCCUGAACUCCACUAUAUUGUCAUCUUUAUUUUUUUCUAGCUAGGACAUGUUUGUUAGCUAAGAAUACAUUACCUGUUUAAACUACAAGAUUGUAAUGUCCUUUCCCCAUCUCUAAUUAUGCUGUUUAGCUGUAUAGACUGUUAACACUCUGGGUUAUUUUAGUUUUAAAAAAUUGGGGGAGGGGGGUUGGGUGGGGUUGUUGGAGGGCUAGGAAUCCAUGUGUUAGCAUAAAAUGUUAAAUUUCUUUGUGGAGGAAAAUUUCUUAGUUUGCUUCUGUAUUUGCCAAAUAUGUUUUAAAAUGCUGUAUUUUCUUACAUGGAAAAGUGUUACAUGAAUGGUAGGAGUAGGAGGGUGGAGAAAAACAAUCUGAUUAAAUCCAGCUUACCUUAUGGGAAACUGUUGAAAAAGUUGACACGAGAGAACAUUUGAAAUUGUGUCAUUGUCAUGUGGAAAUGAUCUACCAUUAAAACAUUCCCUCUGAAACA